AUGGCCAGCACAACAGACGGAAGAGGAGGGAGCGCACGUUCGGACAGGCCUGGCUGGAGGGCGGUGGCGGUGACGGGAGCGCAGGCUGACGUGGCUGAGGCAGUGGCGGCCCUGCGCCUGCGCCAGGAGCGGGGUGUGGGGACACACGAGUCGGGCCUCACCAGCGGCACCACCUUCGUGGCCGCCCCCGACUUUGCCCCGUCCACCACGGCGCCCCUGGGCUCCGGUGCCGCCACCCUCAACGCCCUCCUCGUCCUUGCCGAGCACCUUUCGGCGCAGGAGGGGUACAGCUUCGUCGAGAGCCAGGUGGUGCAGCGCGCGGACCCCGUGCCCAAAGCACUCGCCCUGCUGCCUCUCGCCCCCGUGGCAGGCCGCCAGGAGCAGUCGGAGCCGCAACAGGAGGGAGACGAGGUGGUGGCCGCCAUCGACCUCCUGCUCGCGGGCCUCGUGCGCCUCACGGAAGCGCUGCUGGUGGUGCCUGACGAGGGCGAGGGCCAACUGGGCGGGGUGUCGCCCGACUGCGCCACCCUGCUGGCGGUGGAGGCUCCCGCCCACCUCGCGCCCCAGCACGGCGUGUGCCUCCUGCGACCUCUCCCCGCCGCCUCCGCCCGCUACCACGAGGUGGAGACGAUCCUCUACCAGCAGAGCCUGACCACCCUCCGCGAGAGAGGCGCGCUCGUGGGCGACGCCCUGGCCACCGCCUACGUCUACACCGGGGUCGUCGUGCUGGGGUCUAGCCUCGCCGGGGAGAUUCUGCGACUCAAUGCGGUGCCGCCCUUGGACAGCUGCACCUACCUGGCCGUGGACAACGGCGCGACCCCGGUAGCCUUCGACCUCUACUCCGACCUGCUCCUCGUGCUCGCGGCGGGGAGCGAGAAGCAAGCCUACCUGAACCAGCCCAUUCGCGUGGCCUCCCCUUCCUCCCGCGUACGGCACCUACGCGAGGCGGCUUGGCAGUACCUGCGCGCCAACCAGGCGGCGCGUCUGAGGGCCUGCGUGGCGGCGCCCGGGGCGCAGUACCUCUACCUGCGGACCACGGCCCACCUCUUCGAGCUCCUGCAGCGUCCGCCACCGGCUCUGCGCGUGGCCCACCACGCUCGCUCCUUCCUCGCCCCCACAGUGGAGCGAGCGGAGGGCAGCAGCGUGGUGCUGAACAGCAUCGGGAAGGGCGAGGGGAGCAUCGGAGCCGGGAGUCUUCUCGCCCACUCGGUGCUCACGGGCCAUUGGCGCAUCGGCGACGAGUCCCUCGUCUCGGGCAUCCGCGGCGGUGCCCUCCACGUGGGACCCGGCGUCUACGUGCACGAGCUCGAGCUCGAGCUCGACCGCCACGAGCGGGCUGUCGUCGUCGCGGCGAGAGCUGACAAAGAUGGGGCACCGGGAGCCGGGCGGCUUCGCUGCACUGUGGCGAUGGGCGUGACCGAUGACGUCGACAGCGACAGCUGGUUCGGCCGCCCGAUCGCGCAGUUCUUGGAGGCCGCCGGCUGGGAUGCCCGCGAUGUGUGGGAGUCAGACCAGGAGGAGGGCGGCGCCGAGGGCGCGGGGCACUGCCGGCUGUGGGAGUGCCGCCUGUUUCCGCUCUACUCCGGCGACGGCGACGGCGAGGCCGAUGCGCAUGCCGUGCGACGCGCGGCGGUGGAGGCCUACUCCGACCCGGCUUGUCCCGCCCAUCGCCCCUCCCUCGACCGCCUGCGCGCCCUCCCACGCGUCUCCCUAGCCCACCUCCUCGCCACUGCCCUCCCCCACCCCGAACUCCUCUGGCGCGACAACCUCGGGUUCAGCGUGGCGCGGGAGAAGAUGCAGCAGGUGCUGCUGGCGAGGAGCGAUGAGUGUCUGCUGCCCCUCUUCGAGCCCUUUGUGCGGGCCAAGCGCCCCGACCUCCUCCUCAGUGCCCUCGAUAGCGCGGGCAUCCAGGCGGCUCGCGCGGGCGAUGCGCUGGUGGUGAUGCGCUCCUUGGCGGCGAUCGCGGAUGCGCUGGCGGCCUUCGCUGGUCCUCGAGCAGGGUUGCGUUCGGGGCCGGCGCGCAACAGCCGAUGGCAGGCCGCAUUCGACCUGCUGGCCGGGCAGCGCUUCGAGGAGGCGAUCCGGGAGCUGGCGCAGCAGCGGGCCGCCUGGAUGGCGUGGGAGACGCCGGAGCUGCUGAUGCGCGCCGUGCGACACUACGAGCGGGCGGCGCAGGUGAUGGUCUCCCUGUCCGUGCUCACCGCCCAGCGCCACGUCGCGGCAGCCCCGCCUCCUCCUCCCUCGGCCCGCGCGCCCCUCGGCUCCUGGGUGGUGGUGGAUCUGCCGGCCCGCAUGGACUUUGCCGGCGGAUGGACCGAUACGCCGCCCAUCACCUUCGAGCGCGGAGGCUGCGUGGUGAACAUCGCGCUGCUGAUCGACGGCAAGAAGCCCAUCACCGCAAGGGCGCGGCGGAUCGAGGCCUGGGAAGUGGUGAUCGACGUGGGCGAGGAGCACACCGUGUGCACGCAGCUCGGCGACCUGUCCGACCACGCCCAGCCGCUGGCCCCGGGCGCCCUCGUCAAAACGGUGCUGCUGUACAUGGGCCUCGUGUCCCUCUCCUCCGCGCAGGACCUGCGGGAGCAGCUGCAGCAGGCCCUCGGCUCAGGCCUGCACGUCGUCUGCGCCACCUCCCUGCCCCAAGGUUCGGGACUGGGCACAUCGAGCAUCAUGGCAGGGGCACUGCUCAAGGCCAUCGGCGCCGCCAUUGGCCGCGACUUCGACCCGCGCUCCCUGGCCCAUGCAGUCCUCGUGGCGCGCCUCCUUUCUGUGUGGUCGCCGUGGAGAGAUCUGGCGAGCACAGGAGCUGCUGGCGGUGUGGCGGGGUAG